AUGCCCACGGCCGACGCCUCCACCCCUGUCUCCGAAUUGCUUAAGGAUAUCGACGUCUUCAGCGUGCAGUUAUACAACAGCUUGUCGCGCAACCUGGACGCCGGCGACGGCUUCCUCGAUCUCUACAAGCGUGGCCCAACAACCUCCUGCCCAGGGGCAUCUCCGGGCGGAGAAGAGCAAAAAGUUCCCACCGGGCCGCAAGAUUUAGCAACGAUAAACUUCCUCCUCCGUUCCCCCCUCGUCGAAGUUCCACAGCAUCAACAACGACAUCAUUGCCCCACGCCUACUGAUCGUCACCUCGGCCUUCGUGCACGCACGUUCCCUCUACGUUGA